GUAACAAAGUAAAGUAAGGACCUUUUAUGCUUGAUGAGGGAAAGCUUAAAAACAACACAGUUAACUUUAUUGUCUGUGGAAGCAUUCCCCCCUUUAUCAAGCAAUACACACCACUGACCACACCAUUAACAAUUUCUUUUGUCCAUUUUCUCAUCAAAUAAAACUAACUAACCGUCAAUUCAACAGAAAUUUCCUCCCUCUUUCCUCCUUUCAUCCCCUUUCCCCCGCACCUUAUUAGUUAUAAUUUGAAACAUAAAAUCAUUUUCGAAGUAUCUCAACUCAUAAACUUAAAUUUGACCCCAUCAACAGUUCAACCCCUUUCCUAGCUGCACUCUAAAGUCAAAUCAUCUCCUUAUCUUUCAUCAACAUGUCCCCCGACAUAACCACCAACGACCUCCGCCACCGUGGCCCGUCAUCGGGCCGUGAUCUUCGUGUCCCUCGCCAGUUACUGUCAUCAUCGUCGCCGAAGAAGCCAAAACAGUCACCUAAGCCUAUCAAAGUCAUGAGUAAAUGUUUUUCAUCGCCUAUGAUUUUUCGGGAAGCUGGCGACGGAGAUAGUGUUGUUGGUGGUUGCCGGAGUUUUGAUUCCGGCGAAGGUGGGUGGUUGAUGCGGUUUCAUACGUUGGAUGAUGUGUUAUCGGGUACUACUGAGCUUGUUGUUGACUCUCCUUCAUGUCGAAUUAAUGCGGGGUAUGAGAAAGAUGCAAAGGUGUUAAUAACAGUGACAGUAGAAGGGAGUCCAGGACCGAUAAGGACCCUGGUUAAAUUGGGGACAAGUGUGGAGGAAACUAUCAAGCUGGUUGUUCAAAAAUACGGCGAAGAAGGCCGAACUCCUCGCCUUGAUAAGGGUUCUGUUUCCUUUGAUAUGCAUGUUUCCUACUUCAGCCUCCAAAGUUUGGAAAGAUCAGAUGCAAUUGGGGAAGCAGGAAGCAGAACCUUUUAUCUACGCAAGAACGAUAACAAGUGCCAUGAAGUUGCAACUAAUUAUGAUGUUAUGGUUAAUGUUUCUCCAACAAAACAACUAGUAGGACCGCCGACUAUAGGGGCUAAUUUCCCUCCCUUUAUUGCACAAAAGAUGAACAAAUUUGAGCGAAGAUUGUUGAGGUUGUUCAAGAUAUUAGGCUGCCUGGAUGCUAAAUAACCUUGCACAAAUCAUGAAAAUCUUAUAAGUUUAGAGCCAGGGUACAGUGAAGAUAUGCUUUCGAUAUGAUUGUCCCGGAUUUUAGUAGGGAAUUUAUAACGUCUGUUUUCUGCAGACAAAACAAAAACAAAACAAACAAAAAAACGAGCAACUGCGAAAACAAGAAUCAUGAAAUAAUUUGUAGAAGUUGGAGAUGAAGUUUGCGUUGCAUUUACAUUUGCAUAUACUAGGGGAGUAGGGGGAUCUAUGUUAUUAGACUUCAAGUUCUAAACCAUGAAAUAUGAAGAGGAGCAAGAGGCUCUUAAACACUCAUGCCAACCUCAAUUGGUUAUAUCCUUUUCAAAUUUUGGGUGUAUAUAAAUCAAGAAAUAUUAUGUUCUUCCAGACUAUGAGUUACAUUCCUUA